AUGCGUAUUUCAGCAAUCUGUAGAAGUGGUAAGAGUGCAUUCUUUGUGGCAGACAAUUCACGUUCAGAUGCUGAAGUAAUUGCAACGUUUACCGAUGUAUCUGAAGAAGACUGUCAACGGUUGUGUACCGAAAAUACGAACAAAAAGAAUGACCUAGUUUUAUGCUCUGCAUUCACCUAUGAUCCUAAGAAUUUUGAAUGCAUGAUACACGAGGAAAGAAGUAUUCCAGAUGGCCGUGCAGCUAUCGUCAAUGAAAUUGGAAAAAGAUAUUUUGAAAAAUUUUGCCUUGAUGGCAGUGUACCAUUUGAAUGCUCGGAUACACAGUUUGUUCGUGUGGCACAAUCGGUAAUCAUUGGUUAUGCCAAAAAUUUCAGUAAUACAAUGUCAUUAGAGGAAUGCGCUAUGCGAUGUCUUAAUGAACAAUUUGUAUGCAAAUCGGCGAUGUAUUUUUACGAGGAAGGAGAAUGCAUAACAAACACAGAAUCUGCUCUAAGUAUUCCAAAUUCUUUUGCACAAGAAGAUGUAGAUAAAGUUAUCUAUUUCCAAAACGGAUGUGAUAGUAUCAUGCAACUUCAAGCUAAUAUGUUGACAGAAAAAUAUGAAAACCAAGAAUCCGUAGGCCAAUUGACAGAAAAGGUUGAAAUGAAAAGCAAGAAAACUGAUGACCAAGAACCAAAAUCUACUGGUCAAAUCAUUAAAAGUUUUAGAGUCGGAGAAAUAAUUAAGGAAAAUGAGAGUGAACAGCCCUCUGAAAGAGCAAGUGAAAGAAGACCUGAACAAGUUCAGAUUCAACGAGAAAAUAAAGAUUUUGAUUCCGACAAGUUUGCUGAUAUUGUUGUUGACACUCGAACAGCAAUCCAAGCAGACAAGGGAAAAGAUGUGUUUCAGCUGAAAAAAGUAGGAGCUGCAGAUGUCGACAAAGUUCUGCCCGACAAAGAUGAUUAUUCUAACAAAAAAGGAUCCCCGGAAAAGGUAAUAGUAUUGCCAAGAAAAUUGUAUACUGAAAUUGUAGAAGAGGAAGAAAAUAUUAAGAAGAUAGCAGACAAAGCGGAAGAAAUACAAUCAGAAAAAACAGAACCUGACUACAGCUUCACUUCUACAUCAGGGAGAGAAAAACAAGAAUCAGAAGCUGAAGUCGUUGAAUUCCAAAGAGAAACGACUGAUACCACCUCAGUUACAACCACAGAAAUGCAAGAAUUGCAAUCUGAAACAGCUACAUCUGAAAAACAAACAACUCCGGUUACAACUGCAGCAACAGAAGAGGUUCAAGCUGAAGUAUUCGAAUCAGAAAGACAAAUUAUUGAAAAUAAACUGAUCCGAAAGCCAAUAACGAAAAUAAUAAAACCAGGAAGAUUUGUAAUGGAAAAAAAAGCAAACAGCAGAAAUUCAGCUGAAGAGUCAGAAACAAAAGAAAUAAAACCAAUAACAUUAGAAUCGGAAAAGUUGACGACCAAAUUUUUAGUUAAGGAAACUGAUGAGGACAGUGAAAACGUCCAAAAACUGGGAUCUUUAGAUGAAAAUAUUGAAGGAGGCGCAAAACGAAUUAAUUUUGUUGCUCCUGGAGGAACAUUAGAAGGAUCAGAUGAAUCAGCUACGGAAACCUCGAACAGUAAACAAACCGGAGAUGAAGUAAAAAGUGAUAAAAUUUUGUCUAAAGCACGUUUUACGAAUUUGCCGACAAAGAUUAUUGAAAAGCCGCUGAAUGAACAUUUGCGUAUCGAUGAAAAAAAACUGCAGAAGAAUGCCAUCAUCAAAAAGCAUGAAAAAUUUGUAGAGGAAGUUGGUGAUGAAACUAAUGGAUAUUUCUCGGAAUGGAGUCCUUGGACAAUAUGCAAAGUUAUUGGAGAACGUCGGAUACGGAGAAGAAGAUGCUUAAAUUUGAAAAAAUGUAUUGGUUCAUUGAUGGAAGUUAGCACAUGUAAACCAGAAAACGUUGAAAUGCAUCGUCAUACCACUUGGAAACCUUAUAAUGUGCGAACUAUUGUGUCGGCCGGCCCAACCGAAAAAGAAGAGCUGUUUGUAAAACCAGUAACCUUCGAUAAUGUCCCUCUUUCACCAAUAUCACACUCGUCAGUGUACGACAGUUUGAUAGCAACAACAACACCAACCACAACGGAAACGACAUCUAUGAUGACAACAAUGAUCACUACACCGCCGGAAGAAGACCCGAGCAUGUGGUCACCUUGGGAAGGAAUAUGCAAGCAAUUCCCAAAACCGCAGCCAUGUCGGGAUCAUAAGCAAAUAGGUUUUGAGUCACGGGAAUGUUUUAAUGCUCGACCAGAGGAUUGUAUUGGUCCGUUCUUCCGAUACUGCACCAUAAAUUGCUAA